AUGCAGACGGAAGUAGAAUAUUUAGGUCAUAAAAUAGACGGACAGGGUCUGCACACAUUAGACAAACACAUAAUCGCGAUUAAAGAGGCAGCGGCACCCCAAGACAGGUCAGAACUAAAAAGUUUUCUAGGGUUGGUAACAUACUACACUAAGUUCGUGGAAAAUGCGGCACGGAUACUAAAACCGUUGUAUUAUCUUUUAAAAAUGGGGGCGAAAUGGUCAUGGUCCAAAGAAGCGGACGAGGCGUUUAAUAGCAUUAAAUCGAUAUUAUCGUCCAAACCCGUACUCGACCACUAUGAUCCGUCGGUACCAAUUAAACUAAUGAUAGACGCGUCAUCUUUCGCUAUCGGCGCGGUCAUAUCACAGGUAUACGGCAACGCCGAAAAACCAGUAGCCUACGCAUCGCGUGUCUUAUCAGAAACGGAACGCAAAUACCCGCAAAUUGAAAAAGAGGGGUUAGCGAUAAUAUACGGUGUUCAAAAAUUCUACGAUUACUUGUACGCACGAAAAUUUACUUUAAUCACCGACCAUAAACCACUCUACCAUAUUUUCGGGGAAAAGAAAGGUAUACCAAUUUACGCGGCUAAUAGAUUACAGAGGUGGGCGUACGUACUCACAGCAUUCGACUUUGACAUUUCGUUCGUUAAGUCAGGGAAAAACGCAGCGGAUUUCUUAUCGCACACAAGAAUAGGCACAGCAGACAGAGUGUCUACGGCGCCACAGUGUCUAAACUUUAUAUACGACAACUGUCCGUUUAACGUUAAUUGGGUCAAAAUAAAAACACAAACACGAACCGAUAAAAUCUUAUCGCAGGUAAUUAAGGCUAUCAACACAGGCGAAUGGCCAACAGGCGCGGAUAAAAACGAAUUGCUUAAAUCGUAUUACACGCGACGUCACGAAAUUUCAACCGAACAGGGCUGUUUGAUGUGGGGGUACAGGGUGAUUAUGCCAAGUAAGUUCAGGGAGGCCCUGUUGACAGAAUUGCACUCCACGCACGCGGGAAUGAGCUGCAUGAAGGCGAUCGCGCGUUCGUAUUUUUGGUGGCCAGGGAUCGACAACAACAUUGAAAACACGGCGCGCAAAUGCGAAAAUUGUAUACAGGUUAGACCCGCACCACCAAAAGCAGUGCUAACGCCAUGGAAGUGGCCGGAACAAGUGUGGACGCGCAUACACGUAGACUUUUUAGGGCCUUACAAAAAUAAAAUUUUUUUAAUAGUAGUUGACGCGACUUCAAAAUGGCUCGAAGUGUUUGAGGUAAGCACGAGUACGACGUCAGUGGUAAUCGUAAAAAUGCAAGAACUUUUCGCUCGUUUCGGGGUCCCCAAGUCCAUUACCACCGAUGGAGCCAAGUGUUUCACAGAUACGGAAUUUAGCACGUUCUGCGUAAAUGGGAACAUAAAACACUUGGUGGGAGCUCCGUUCCACCCGGAAACAAACGGGGCAGCCGAAUCAAGGGUUAAAAUAGUGAACAAUUUCUUUAAGAAAAACCAAACCACCAGCCCGACGCUAUUACAGAAAUUCCUGUUAUUUUACCGUAAUACACCGCACUCGGCAACGCGCCAGACACCGGCAAAAUUAUUACUAGGACGUAGCACCCGAACACAGUUCGAUAUGCUGAUUCCCAGCACAAAGGACGUGGUUAGUGAUCACCAGGAUUCCCAAAUCAAACGUCACGGUAAACGACAUCAUGAAAUCCAACAGGGAGACACAGUGGCCGUGCGGGAUUAUCGGACGAAUGAAAAUAAGUGGUCGAUAGGGACUCAAAAAAUAUCAUUAAAUUGCCCAGGCUUGCUAUCAUAG